AUGGCCGUGGCCGUGGUCGUAGCCGUGGCCAUGCUCGCCACCACAGGCCUGUCCGAGCACACAAGCAAUUGGGCUGUCCUCGUGUGCACGUCGCGAUUCUGGUUCAAUUACCGCCACCUGGCAAAUGUGUUGUCCAUAUAUAGAACAGUCAAGCGAUUAGGCAUACCCGACUCGCAAAUCAUCCUCAUGCUUCCGGAUGACAUGGCUUGCAACCCACGCAAUGCAUUUCCCGGCACCGUCUAUAGUAAUUCCGAUCGAGCCGUUGACCUGUACGGCGACAAUAUCGAGGUCGACUAUCGCGGCUACGAGGUCACUGUCGAGAACUUUAUCCGACUGCUGACGGACCGUGUUGGCGACGAGAUGCCUCGCAGCAAACGCUUGCUGACCGACGACCGGAGCAACAUUCUGGUGUACAUGACAGGGCAUGGGGGAAAUGAGUUCUUGAAGUUUCAGGACGCCGAGGAAAUUGGUUCUUUUGAUCUUGCAGAUGCUUUCCAGCAAAUGUGGGAGAAGAAGAGCAGGCUCUAUUCGCCAAACAUUAUCGCCACUGGGUCAUCCGAACUCGAUCAAUCAUCAUACUCGCACCACGCCGACAAUGACAUAGGUGUCGCCGUCAUCGACCGAUACACCUACUACAACCUGGAAUUCCUUGAGAGCCAGGUCAAGGAUCUGAACAGUCCCCGGACUGUAGGCGAACUGUUCGACAGCUACGACUACGAAAAAAUUCACUCCAAUGCCGGCGUUCGGUACGAUCUGUUCCCUGGUGGCGCUGAAGCUGCGCGCAGCCGCCUCAUUACCGACUUCUUCGGCAACAUCCAAAACGUGGAGGUUGAUCGCGACUCCAGCUCAUCCCUCGAUGAGAAGCUACUAGCCCUCAGCAAAACCAUUUCUCUUCUGCGAGAGAAGGAAGCCGAGGAGAUUGCAGCUCUCAGGAACGCGUCCUCUGCGCCGGCCAGUGCUCCUGCCGAGCCAGUCAUCAAAGUUCAACGCGCCACAGUCUUGACAGACGAUAAGUGGUGGACCAAGAAGGUUGUCGGUGCGACGGCUCUGGCCGGCUGUGGAGCCCGGCCUCUCGAGCCUCUGGAGUUGAAAGCACGUCCUCUGGCUUACCACGCCAUAGCUUGGUCAUGCGAUGCCGAACUAGCCGUCGCAACAGAUGACACAAUUCACAUUUUCCUGCCCGAGUACCCCAGGGCAGGCCGCAACCCCGAAGACGCCGGUGACGACGACUCCCUCCAACCCCAGUUCUCACUCACGCUCACGGCCUGCGGCAUCGUCCGCCCGGACCCUGCCAUCAACGGUCCGUUGUGCGGCUUUGCGGGCGUGAGCCUGCCUACGUCCGGACCCGGCGAACCCCUCGUGUUCAGGGGAGUCGGGGGUUCUGAAGCGACCAAGGCUGGUUCAGCCCUGGGGCAGACCAUCCGCGUGGAAUGGUCUCCCAGUGGCCUGGGGCAAAACUUGCGGCCCAUCUUGACAGUCAUGACCACCUCGGGAAGCCUCGUUGCGUUGGGCGAGUAUAUCGAUCAGAAGACGGCAAUCUCGUCGAGUUCUCGGGCGAGGACAUUCAAAAAUUGGAAAUUGCUCUGGGGCUUGGGUGCGAACUUGCCCAUUCCUGACGGUGAGAGCAAGCGUGGAUUCAGGAACAUGAAUGAACGGAUUGUGUCGUUUUCUUGGGCCAAGGAAAUUACUCCGGGAUCGGGGCUGUUGGCGUAUUUGAAUGACGUCCGCGAGGUCGUCAUCGUUGCUGUACAAUUUUUCCGCAGGUCUUCCGAGCCGGAUGAGUCUUCUCCUGACGUGGCGGGAUGGGGGAUAUUUGAGAUUGAUCGAUUCGACGGGAGAGGUCCGCACGAUGCUACUGAGACGGCAGAUCCAGAAUUCGUCCCUACCGGAGGCCCCUUUUCGUUGAGAUGGAGCCCGUGGCACAUCACGAGCGAGUACCGUACAGCAACCGUGGCGUACCUGGGAAAGAACCACGUCGGGUUCCGGCGCGUCACCAUUCAGGGACGCUGGCACCGAGGCCAAGAUCCGAGUGUUCGCGUCGAGGAACUCGACACCACAUCGAUAUGUACCUUCUUAUCUGCAGAUGCGUUUGUGGAGUGGGAAGACACGGUACUCCCUCGUUUCGAAGGCUUGGCAGGAGCAGAAGCUAACGCUCGGCAGGUCUGGCAGCAUAAUGAUGAGCGAAUGGCCCGCGGCAUAAUAGCCACGCCGUUUGUCGUCAAGCCCUUCCAAGUUGAUCUCUGCGCAAACCCAGCCGCAUGUCCCGCACACCACUCACCUCGAGACUGCUCAACUUUAUAUCCUGGACCCGGCGAAACUUGUACAAAUCCCAUAACAGGCCUCGUCGUCCACCACCCGAGUCCAUCCGCGAAACCCCACGAGCCGCUGUACACCCUCGUCCGGCUCUCUGCAACCGCCAACAACCAAGACUGGUACCAGACCAACCUCCCGCCAACAACCCCUCUCCCCCAAUGGGCCGAGCGCAUCCGACGGUCCGUGGCCCGCGAGGUGUCCCGCGUCGAAGCCCUCGGCGGCAUCGACUCCGAAUCAGACACCGACUCCGAAUUCGACGAACCAGAAGUCCACGACAUGGCCCUCGCCUCGGAAGAGGACGUCGCUUCAAAGGUGCACCCUCACCGCUUCCGGCUCUGGGGGCUUGCCUCCUCGCCCGCAGACGGAUCCAUGGCCGCCCUGGUAUCGAAGCACGCCACCCAACAUGCUGAGAGACGGCCACGCUCCAGAAUCAUGUUCUCAUGGGACACCGGCGAGCACGCAGACCCCACGGCGCGCCACGUGCCAAAGCUGACCACGGAGGGGACGAUAUGGGAGUCCAUGUACGGGAGAAUACUAGACAUGCCGAGUUUCCUGCUAGGAACCACGGACCGGUCGCUGGUGCACGAGACGUCCCUGAGGAGGGCCUUCAAGGGCGUCAUCCCGCGGCAAGAGUGCGUCUUUUGCGGCACGGGCCUGGUCACGCUCGGCGACGAGUCCGUGUGCGAAAGGGGCCAUUCUUUCGCUACGUGUACUGCCACGGGGCUUGCCAUCAUGGCGCCGGCCGUGUCCAGGGUGUGCUCGGUAUGCGGGCUGCGCUGUCUGAAGCUGUCCGAGCUCGUCCGCACCGCGAGGCGGCACCUGGGGGCGGACGCGGCGGUCGAGUCGGCGGGAGAGCUAUGCGGUGGCUGUGGCGGCAAGUUUCUGCUUUGA